AUGUCCUUCCUUGGUGGCGCCGAGUGCUCGACGGCAGGCAAUCCGUUGACUCAGUUCACCAAGCACGUCCAAGAUGAUAAGUCCCUACAGAGAGAUCGCCUCGUGGGGCGGGGUCCCGGAGGCAUGCAAGAAGGCAUGCGAUCCCGGGGUAUGAUGGGAGGACAAGAUCAGAUGAUGGACGAAUUCGCCCAACAACCCGGCCAAAUUCCCGGUGCUCCCCCGCAACCAUUCGCCAUGGAGCAGCUGCGACGUGAGCUAGAUCAGUUCCAGACCACACCUCCCCGGACGGGCUCCCCCGGGUGGGCUGCCGAGUUCGAUGCAGGCGAGCAUGCCCGCAUGGAGGCUGCAUUCACCGGGCCGCAAGGUCCCAUGAUGAACAAUGCGUCGGGAUUUACGCCCGCGGAAUUUGCCCGAUUCCAGCAGCAGAGCCGGGCUGGCAUGCCUCAGACGGCUAACCCUGUGGCGUCUGCCCCGUCGCCGAUGAUGGCAGGGUACCAGCGGCCCAUGGGUAUGGGCGGGUAUAUGGGCAUGGGUGGAAUGGGGAUGAUGCCGCAGACUUUUAACCCUAUGGCGAUGCAGCAGCAGCCAGCGGAGGCGACUACACAGGAUAAAGGCAAGGGACGGAUGGUGGAGCUGGAUGACGAGAACUGGGAGGCACAGUUUGCGGAGAUGGAGACGGCGGAUACUCAGAAAUUGGACGAUGAGGCCAACGCAGCUGUGGAGGCAGAGCUGAAUGAUCUGGACAGGUCAGUCCCCCAAGAAUCAGGCGAUAGUGCCUUUGAAAGCGUGUGGCAACGGGUCCAGGCUGAGACCGCAACCAACAGGAAACUGGCCGAGGGCGAGACCGACUUUAACAUUGACGACAACCUGCAUAUGGGUGAGAUGGGCGAAUGGGACGGAUUCGAUACGCUUAACACGCGCUUCCGCAACCCCCAACUAGGCGAUUAUAUGUUCGAAGAAGAUAACGUGUUCCGGAGCGUGAACAAUCCCUUCGAAGAGGGAGUGAAGAUUAUGCGCGAGGGUGGAAACCUUUCUUUGGCUGCUUUGGCUUUCGAGGCGGCAGUCCAGAAAGAUCCCCAACAUGUCCAGGCCUGGACCAUGCUGGGAUCGGCCCAGGCGCAGAAUGAGAAGGAACUUCCGGCCAUCAGGGCGCUGGAACAGGCACUGAAGAUCGAUGCUAACAACCUGGAUGCGCUGAUGGGACUGGCUGUUUCCUACACCAAUGAGGGCUAUGACUCGACAUCGUACCGCACUCUGGAGCGCUGGCUGUCCGUCAAGUACCCCCAGAUCAUCAACCCCAAUGAUGUUUCAUCGGAUGCCGACCUGGGCUUUACGGACCGUCAGCUCCUGCACGACCGUGUCACCGACCUCUUCAUCCAGGCUGCUCAGCUGUCGCCUUCGGGUGAGCAAAUGGACCCGGACGUCCAGGUCGGUCUGGGAGUUCUCUUCUACUGCGCGGAGGAGUACGACAAGGCGGUUGAUUGCUUCUCUGCUGCAUUGGCAUCCACGGAAUCUGGAACCUCGAACCAACAGGAGCAGCUCCACUUGUUGUGGAACCGUCUGGGUGCUACGCUCGCCAACUCGGGUCGCUCCGAGGAGGCGAUCGAGGCCUACGAGCAAGCGCUGAACAUCAACCCCAACUUCGUCCGGGCGCGGUACAACCUUGGUGUGUCGUGCAUCAACAUCGGCUGCUACCCAGAAGCUGCGCAACACCUGCUGGGAGCACUGUCGAUGCACCGGGUGGUUGAGCAGGAAGGUCGAGAGCGGGCGCGUGAGAUUGUCGGUGGCGAGGGUGGCAUUGACGACGAGCAGCUGGAUCGCAUGAUCCAUGUUAGCCAGAACCAGAGCACCAACCUGUACGACACGCUGCGGCGAAUUUCACUGUAUACUAUGGCCGUGGUCACCGGCGCUCAACUGAUCGCCCGAUCGCUGCGCGAUCUAGGCGUAACCGUCAUCUUCGGCAUUGUCGGCAUCCCUGUGGUCGAGAUCGCCGAAGAGGCCAUCAACCUGGGCAUUCGAUUCGUGGCAUUUCGCAACGAACAGGCCUGUAGCUAUGCUGCCAGUGUCUACGGAUACAUGACAGGCCGACCGGGCGUCUGUCUAGUUGUCGGAGGGCCGGGAGUUCUCCACGCGCUGGCCGGGAUAGGAAACUCCUCUGCAAACAACUUCCCAUUGCUAGUUCUCGCCGGCUCUGCUGAGACCACCGGUGUCACCAAAGGCGCUUUUCAGGAAUUGGACGCCAUCUCCUUGCUCACCCCCCACACCAAGCUCGCUGUCCGCGCCUCCUCCCUCGACUUCAUCCCCGGCGCCGUCAAGAAUGCCUAUCGCACAUGCUGGUACGGUCGUCCAGGCCCGACCUUCGUCGACCUCCCCGCCGACAUCAUCCAAGGCAAAUCCUCCCCUGGAUACCGUCUCCCGCAGCCCGAGACCCUGCUUGUCCCCUCGCCGCCAAAGGCGAGCGGAGACCCAGCCCUGAUCCUCAAGGCAGCGCAGCUGCUCCGCACUGCUCGCUCCCCACUCCUAGUGAUAGGCAAAGGCGCCGCAUACGCGCGCGCAGAGCUCGGAAUUAACCAGCUCGUGGAUCAAACCCAGAUCCCAUUCCUACCGACACCAAUGGGCAAGGGCGUUGUGCCGGACUCGCAUCCCUUGAACGCAUCCAGCGCGCGUAGCGCAGCCCUAAAGCACGCCGACGUUGUCCUGAUCCUCGGCGCCCGUCUGAACUGGAUCCUCCACUACGGCGAAGCACCCAAAUGGAAUCCAACGGCCAGGAUCAUCCAGGUAGACAUAUGCGCCGAAGAGAUCGGCCGCAACGCCGGAACAGCCGAGCUAGGAAUCCUAGGAGACAUCGGACUAGUCGUAGACCAACUCCUCUCCUCGCUUUCCAACUGGAAAUACUCACCUACUCCCUCCCAAUCAUCAUCGUCUAAUAAACCCAACGGAACCUUCACAUCCAUCCUAACCACCUCCGCGAACCGCAACGAACUCAAAGCCCAAACCGCCGCCCUCCGUCCCACCCCGCCAAACACCCCCCUCACCUACCAGCGCGCCUACCACAUCAUCAAAUCGACCCUCAACACCCUCUCCCCCUUCGAACAAGGCAACAUCAUCUACGUCUCCGAAGGCGCCAACACAAUGGACAUAUCCCGCUCCAUCUUCCCACUCAACCAUCCCCGCCAACGCCUCGACGCAGGCACCUACGCCACAAUGGGCGUGGGGAUGGGCUACAUCGUUGCAGCGCAUGAAGCAUACAACGCUCUCCCAUACACCACCUCCACCAAGCAAAAGAAAAUAGUAGCCUUCGAAGGCGACAGCGCCUUUGGCUUCAGUGCCAUGGAAAUCGAAACCCUAGCGCGGUACCGCAUCCCGGCACUCAUCUACGUGGUUAAUAACUCAGGCAUAUAUCAUGGCGACUCGGUGAGUGAGGAUGAUUGGAGGGUAUUGCAGGGUCAGACGGUGGGGAAUGAUACGAAAGCUUCUGAGAGUGCUGCUGGAGGUGAGGGAAAGAAGAAGGGCCUGCGCUCGACGAGUCUGCUCUAUGAAACAAGGUAUGAGAUGUUGGCGACGAUGUGUGGUGGGAAGGGGUUCUUUGUUAGGACUGAAGAGGAGUUGGAGAGAGCGACGAGAGAAGGGUUCGAGAGUGAGUGUGUGACUGUCGUCAAUGUUAUUGUUGAGCCGGGGAUUGGCAAGGAGAUUGGGUUUGCGUGGCAGGGGAAGGCGAAGGGAGAUGGUUCUAGUAGUGGUGGUGGGAGGGAGGUCAAGUUGUAG